UAUUCCAUGUGUCCAUGUAAGCUAGUUGGCUCUCAGAAGAUUGCCAGUGUGCCACGUUGCCACCGCCUUUCAAAGCUAGAAUUAUAUAUAUACUAUUAUUUCUGAUGUAGGUAUGUACGGUAUAUUGAUUCCACAACUCCAUUUGUUCCCUUUCAGAUUUUUUCUCUUGAAAAUUAAAAAAAAAAUAAGUACAAACUUAUCCUGUGAUUAAUCAACAUACUCACUACCAUACAUCUUCAAUUCAUUCAAAAUUUUAAGGAAUGAAUCAUGGCUGAACGUGGCAAACGCCUGAGGAAUGACUAUCUUUCCAGUAACCGUCUUAACUCAUAUGACCAUGAACAACUCAUUCAAAUUUUCUAUGAGAAGCAAAACCAUGUUCAGCAGCUGGAGGAACAACUUCAACAAAUUCAGAAACUGGUGGCGGUCAGUGUGGCUGUGCUCCAAUGCAGUGAUGUACAGGCGCUCAGCACAACCCUUCAGGCACAGCAGCAGCAACAGCAGCAACAACAGCAGCAACAGCAACAGGAUGAUUUUCUUGCUAUUGUUGACACUGCAUCACAUGAGCUGUGCUUAGCAACUCAGCGCUGCCAAGUAGCUGAAAAUAAAGUCACUUUAAACAAACUAUUGGGAUCUGAAAUGAUCAGCUCUUCUCCUGAAAUGAUACUCUGUAAUAUCUAUGUACAAGAUAUGCGUAAUACUGGCUUGCCUCUUUCCUUGUUUUCUAUCAACAAGAUUCAAAACACUGAUUUUUAUCAAAUAAAACCAAAAGAGUUGUUUUACUAUAUUCACAUUGAUAUGGGAUUGAGAAAUUUGAUGCUUAAAUCUUCUUUUGAUGACAUCACUUCUUGUUUCCGUCAAAUUCAAAGUUUGAUAUUUGAUCUUGUUAAUCAUGACAAUAUAUUUGCCACUCUAUCAUCAGAAAAAUUCAUUAAGAAUAGCUUAUCUUGUACAAAGAACCGCCAAAUGAUUUCCUUUGCACUACCAUUUUACAAAACCUUUGUAGACUCUGAUAAUGCAACUGCUGAUAAAAACGUCAAGUUGAUGAAUAUCAAAUCCUUUAUGACGGCUCUGAAUAUCACACUUUAUUAUAAACCCUCAGCUGAGAGAUGCUGGACGGCUGGGAUGAAUCACCCUGAUGGGCGCAUUUCCAAUUUGCCAUCCCACAUUCAAGGCAUGGUGAAGAAAUUCAUGUCUAACAUUUCUAAAGAGGACUUGGUUUCUAGUGUUCGAUUACUGCUCACGGAAUUUUCUCAGUCCCGUGGAUGUUUGGAUUCGUCUAGCAGCGAUGAAAGCAGUGUUGAGGAGUUUGCUGGCAUGUUUUAGUGCAGCAUUUAGUUUAGCAUCAAUUGACACUUGCUGGUCAAAAUUAGCUGGCUCUUGAAAAGAAAGGAAUUAACCUGCCCAAUCGCAGCUGUUGGGUUGUAAAUGCAGGCAUUUAUGACUCAAUUAAAAUGUGAACAGGACUUGAAAUAUUGUGAACAGGACUACAUUUGUGGACAAUGCCACUGAGAUUUGAGGUAGAGGAUACGGAUGAUCUUUUGUCUACAAUGAUGAUAAUAAUGUAUGCAUAGAAUCGAUUGUAAACUAAUACCUACUACAAACUUUGGCUUUUAAAAUUGCAGAAUAAUCGUGUUUCCAAGCGAAUGCGUAAUAAUUAUAUAUUUCUAUAUAAUAAUGUAUAAUACGUUCGUUGUAAAUUUACUUUAUUAGGUGUUGACUAAUGUCCAUUAUCUGGCUAUUAACGAUUGUAAAAAUGCUAUAUUACAGAAUAUAAUUGUA